AUACAGAAUUGUCAUAUACUGUACAGACUCUUGAGAAUAUAUAUAUAUAUAUACACACAUAUAUAUACACUGCGCAUACGUCACAUGUGCUGUUGAGCGUCCAAUAUGGAAGCACUGAGUUUUCUCAGUGGUGGUGGCAUUGCCAGCAGUGCCAAAUACUUUGACAUCAGAUUGGAUGACCCCUACGUCGUCUUUCGUGGAAGCGAGCAUGAAGCUGCCAGUGCCCAUUUACGAGGCACAUUGGUACUCUGUCUCUCAGAACCACUGACUAUCAAACAUCUCAAAUUGACCUUAAUCGGCAUGUCUCGGAUAUGUUGGCAUCUUCCUUCUAGUGCCACAACAGGCGGUCGCAAACCGUACAAAGAGAAAGUCUUUUACGAGAAGGAAUGGAAGUUCCGCGACGCCGGAAAGGGGAGAACGGAAAUAUUACCGGCCGAUAAUUACGAGUUUCCUUUUGAUGUCAUAUUGGAGGGUUCUCUGCCAGAGAGUGUGGAAGGUCUGCACGAUACGUGGGUUACAUAUCGAUUCAAGGCAGAGAUCGGCAGGAAAUAUGCUCGCGACAUUGUCAUCCGGAAACCAGUGCGCAUUGUCCGGACGUUGGAUCCGAGUGCUCUAGAACUCGCCCAUGCAAUGUCGGUGGAAAAUAUUUGGCCGAACAAAAUCGAAUAUUCCAUCAGUACACCCACAAAAGCCGUCAUCUUUGGCACCUCGGUGCGCAUCGAUUUUCGCCUUAUCCCUUUGUUGAAAGGACUGAAAAUUGGGACGAUUACUUCUCAGCUUAUUGAAACCCAUGAACUCACGAUGAAUCCGGAUGACCCAACCACUGUGCAAAAUACUUUCAAGUCGACGCGGACAAUCAAGACGGAUGACUACGAAUUGAACGAGGAGGAGCAACUUGAAAUACUCGACGAGACGGCUGAAGGAUUCCAGUUCCAUCGGAUGUUGGAACUGCCCCAUUCAUUGUCACGAUGUCUGCAGGACACGGAUGUGAAAGGCAUUAAAAUCCGGCAUAAACUUAAAUUCAGAGUACAAUUGCACAACCCUGAUGGACACACGAGCGAGUUACGUGCCACUCUACCGGUUACCGUUCUGAUUUCACCCGAUAUGAGAAUCGACGAGAACAACACGCUUAUCGAAGAUGGCAGCACUGUCCGUCAGCAUGCAGCAGAGGAACUCGCCAACCAAGCACCUCCACUCUACGGCCAGCACCAGUUUGACCGUCUAUACAGCGACAUUGACAUUAGCGGAUACCGCACGCCCGGGCCUAUGAGUGGCUCUGCUACACCAUUUGGAGCGUUGAGCAGGAAUAUUUCAUCUGAAGAUCUCCCUUCCCUGGAAGCCAUCACCAACGGAGAUAUAUCCGCGUCAGCAUUGCACAGUCGACUUAGCCAUCUUCAUGCCACUCGAGGCACUUAUUCCUCGUCUCCUGGCGGCGAUAACCACGACAGCCACCCCGCAGAUUACUUUAGCCAUAUGAACGGGCGCCAAUCUGGCGGUAACUCUCAUUCACACAGUCCGGAAAACAACUCUCGGCGAGCUUCGGAUGAGCAGGAUCGCGAGCAGCCGGAUUCUACCGUGCCGUCGGGCAUGGUUACACCGCAUCAACCGCAAUACAUGGAAGUUGAGACGUUAAGCCGGGUGCCGAGCUAUACUACUGCGAUCAGAACAGCAGCCCGAACGCAGUACGACAGCGAGCUUCCGGCCUACGAUGCCGCUAUUUCCAGCUCAGCACCACCAGCACGACCGCUUCCUCCGCCGCAACAGGCACAUCUCCGUAACUCGAGUACUUCAUCACCUACACGGAUGUUGACACUUAAUGACGCGCUUCAUCGGACAUUCUAUAACAAUCAACAUACCAGCCCUGGCCAUGACGAUGCUGAACGACGAUUACGUCUUACACAAGCGCGUGUCGAUAUAUAACCUUACAACCUGUCUCUCCCCUCACCUGCUUGACCUUGUUGUCUUGUAACCCUACGCAUUUAUAUCGGCGUCUUUAUUUCUAUUCAUAUAUUAUUCCUAGUCAGGAUACCAUACUUUGUUUGGAUGUCUUUUCUUGCUUUAUACUUGUCACUGGAUCAUGGACGGCGUUAUCAAAUCUUUUAUGUUUUAGUCUAUUGGCGUUAUCUUUACCUAACUACACCAUUCUGCAGGUAAGGUUAUUUGACAGGGUGGACAUGGGAAACAGCACGUUCUAUCAGACGAGAUGAUGAGAUGAUGGAGUAUACAAAUGACGAUGGUGGCUGUUCCACAAACCCCGAUCGAGCUAAUCUUAAGCCUAAUUUCCGAAAUAGGAUUAGCAUGAACUGGACAACUGUGGCUGUGCUUAUUUGCUGAUUCAGUAUGCACACACUGCUGAAUGAAUCGGUUUGUCUGAAGAAUGGCAACCAUUGCUGGGUGUUUACUCUGACAGAGGCUAUAUCUAUAUAAUUGAUACUGUAUAUCCACUCAUUCUCUUCAGGCAGUCAUUCAACUGCACUGAAUGUGUUAGAGUAGAACCAAUGGGAGGGCAAGAAUAUUGAUGCCUGAUUGGCUGCGAAGCUUAAAAAGGGGGUAAGGCAACCAAAUCCCGAUCGGGGAAAGCGUGUGAGUGAGGUCAUACGCAAUUGUCGAUCAAUAGAAAAAGAA